AAAUGAUCAAACAAGUGGGUAAUACGCACAUCCGAGGUUGUGCUUCAACAAUAAGGUACAGUGCCGUCUCCUUUUUAGACCUAUAACUUUGAAACAGAACGAUUAUCCCAUCACUUGGUGAUUGGUCAUUUUGAUUCUUUUAUCUGCAAUUAUUAUAAAAGGACGCACAUCUUUAAGAAAGUAUAUCUCCGAGAUAAAGCAGGAUAAAACCUUUUGACGAACCAAAAGCGUGAUUAAUUUAAGGAAGUCAGUAGUUAGUGUUUGACCAAACCGGUAAAAGGCAGAUGUCAUUUUUUAAUUGUUUUACUUCAAAUAAUGGAAUGUGGUACAGUUAUUGGAUCUUUUCCACUGAGGUCAGACUGCGAUGCAAUGAGUGGUCUCCUGUGUGCUAUUAUUUACCCAGUGUUGAGCUAAUAUUUUAGCAGUCUACCUACCUGUGGGCUAAUCCUUCAAGGUUAGAUUAAGGCUUUGGAUAUGACAUUAGCUCCCUAAAUGUAAAACACUACAGCUGUAUUUCAUAAAGAUUACCUUCACAACUUUAUAAAUAUAAGCCUCAUCAAGUGUAUAAACUUGUUCCAACCAUGUACUGUUGAAGUAAAAUUAUAUUCAUGAUGAUACUACUUUGACUUGAUUUUGACUCAUUUUAAGAAAAUAUAGUUCUUUAAAUUGGUGUUAAGGACAUAGUGUGAGAACAUUUUCCAUUUCGAAAUGCUACAGCCAUGCAGCGGGGCCGCCCUCGAUAUGUGAUUGACAGGCCGGCAUAUAACCUCCCAGACUUUGACGGAGAGUUUGACAAGAAGAGCCGACAAUUCUCCGCUGGAGAGAAAGUGAGGAAACUCUUCAGAUGCUCCGUGCUGAGACUGAAGGGCUUGUUGUUCAGACACCUGCCUAUCCUGAGCUGGCUGCCAAAGUACAAAGCGAAAGAAAACCUGCUGUGUGAUGUCAUCAGCGGGGUCAGCGCUGGCACCAUUCAGGUUCCCCAAGGCAUGGCAUUCGCCCUCUUGGCCAACCUCCCGCCCGUCAACGGUCUCUACUCCUCUUUCUUUCCCCUCAUCCCGUAUUUCUUCAUGGGCACUGUUCACCAGAUGGUCCCAGGUACGUUUGCUGUCCUCAGCAUUAUGGUGGGGAUGGUGUGUCUAAGGCUGGCCCCAGAGUCUGACUUUAGUCACUUCAACGCCACUCUCAAUGCCACAGUAGUGGACACAAACUUGAUGAAUGACGUUCGCCUGGGAAUAUCUGGAACCCUGGCCUGUCUCACCGCAGUCAUUCAGAUUGGCCUCGGCUUCAUGCAGUUUGGAUUCGUAGCCAUCUAUCUGUCCGAAUCCUUCGUCAGAGGCUUCAUGACUGCUGCGGGGCUACAAAUCCUCAUCUCAGUGCUCAAGUACAUUUUUGGCAUCCGGGUGCCACCAUAUAGCGGUCCGCUGGCGGUCGUCUAUACGCUUGUAGAUAUUGUACGUGGGCUUCCGGAUACCAACAUCGCAUCGCUAGUGUUUGCUCUGGUCAGCAGCAUAGUUCUUAUCGUGGGGAAGGAGCUGAGCGCGCGCUACCGCCACAAGCUGCCCUACCCCAUUCCAAUGGAAAUCAUAAUUGUCGUGGUGGCCACAGCCCUCUCAGGGCCGCUGCAUCUUCCUGAGCUCUAUCACAUGGACAUAGUGGGAGAAAUUCCAUUGGGUUUCCCAGCACCAAUCCUGCCAACAGUGAGUCAGUGGGAAGACAUGCUGAGCACAGCGUUCUCCCUGGCGAUCGUGGGGUACGUGAUCAACCUCGCUAUGGGCAGGACGUUGGCAGCCAAGCAUGGCUACGACGUGGAUCCCAACCAGGAAAUGUUGGCCCUGGGCUGCAGCAAUUUCCUGGGGUCUUUCUUUAAGAUCCAUGUGAUCUGCUGUGCCUUGUCUGUAACCCUGGCGGUGGACAGUGCUGGUGGAACAUCACAGUUUGCCAGUCUAUGUGUGAUGCUGGUCGUAAUGGUUACCAUGCUUGCAUUAGGAGCCUUCCUGAAACCUCUUCCAAAAUCGGUGCUUGGAGCCUUGAUUGCAGUGAACCUGAAGAACACGCUCCUACAGCUGUCUGACCCCUACUACUUAUGGAAGAAAAGCAAACUGGACUGCUGUGUGUGGGUUGUGUCAUUCUUGGCCACAUUCUUUCUCAGCUUGCCCUACGGAGUAGCUAUCGGAGUGGGAUUUUCCGUCCUGGUAGUUAUAUUCAAGACACAGUUCCGUAAUGGUUCGGCCAUGGUCCAGAUUAUGGAUACGGAUAUCUACAAAAACCCCAAAGUGUACAGUAAAGUUGUUUCAAUAACAGGCGUAAAAAUAGUGAACUAUUGCUCACCACUCUAUUUUGCAAAUGCGGAAAUAUUUCGCCAGAGGGUCAUCAAAAAGACAGGGCUGGACCCCGGCAAACUUCUCCUGGCCCGGCAGAAGUUCUUAAAGAAAGAACAGAAGGAGAAAGCGAAAGAAGAGAAGAAGGACAAGGAGACCAGAGGGAGGGAACCCAUCUCUCUGGUUAACAUGAAGACUCAGACCUUAUCUCAGCUCGAACUACAAAGUGACUUUGACAUGAGCAACGGCACCGCCAGCGGACCUGAUCCUCCCACCAGCUACGUCAACUUCGGCUUAGGGGACAAUGAGCUGGACGGGAAGGCGCCUGACCAAGAGCCACCCAGUCCCACGCUGGAGUCCCAGCCCAUGCCCUUCCACACCCUCAUCCUCGACCUGGCAGCGGUCUGCUUCGUAGACCUAAUGGGCAUCAAAGUAUUGAUAAAGAUGAACUCAAGCUACGCAGCGCUCGGCAUUAAACUCUACCUGGCUAAUGUUCAAGCCCAGGUGUUUAAAGAUCUGGAGGUCGGAGGAGCUUUUGAUGACGGCAAUAUUGGCCGCAGUAAUCUUUUCCUUUCCGUCCACGAUGCUGUUGUGUUUGCUCAGCAGACCUCAGAAGAGAGGCAAGUCUCCCCAAAGGCAGAGAGAGCGAAACAGAAACUUGUCUUUAACAUUAACGAGGAGAAGGAUCUGGAGCAGGAACUGUUUUGAGCACUGGUUGCUGCAGUGAAGACGAGGAUGAGAAACCUAAAGAAGAUACAAUCAGUUCAUUUUGUUGUUGCCAAAAAUACUUUCUGUGCUUUUAUCUCAAUGCAGAUCAGUUACGUAAGGAAAUCGUUUUACUCUGUGGUCGGGCACAGCCAGUACUUGACUCCACUGACAGGGGGUGGUACAUACCAGCACAAGAGACACCAAUAACAAAUUAGGCCUUGAGCAAGAUAAUGAAGCACAGACCCCCGCCCUCACAAUAACUGUGGCGUGAACCUGCUGACUGAGCAGUCUUACAGGAGUGGUCUUGUAAUUAACUGAAAGUGUGCAUGGCCACAGCUGAGUGCUGCAACCAGCUGAGCAGUCUUCCCAAGUCCCCGUGGAGGCAAGGCACUAACAAAGGAUAAACAAAAGUGAAAGGAGAAAUGCAUCAGCAGUUUUCCAGACUUAGUUGUCUUGCAAACCCUAUCAAGGACCGCAGUGUCCCAUCAUUUACCAUACGGCAAAAAAUAAAGCCCCCAACGAAACAAAAACCCUUCCAAUUGUCACCGGUUGCAUUGGACUGUUAUAAAGAGAAAUAUUUGUGCCAACUACCUUGUGUGUUUGUGUAGCAGGGGCUAAAAGGCAUGUGGUGCCUCGCAGCGGGCUGACAGCAGUGUUGCUAUGCUUGUGACGCAUGAAUGGAUUUAUGAAGCUAUUAAGAAAUCAUCCUAAGGUAUUCUGGCACACAUCUGCUCCUCUGCUCUCCUUCUUCUCUGCAGCAAAUUGGCACCACAAGUGAUUACAAGGUUUCAAUGGCCAUCAGCUUUAAUUUGGAGCUCUGGGGAAGUCGCUCAUCACCUAAAGUGUGUGUGUGUGUGUGUGUGUGUGUGUGUGUGUGCAUGAGUCUAAUUUCAUCAACUGCAGCUCGUCCUUUUCCUUCUUUUCGCCCUUAUUGUUUUGAGACCGACUGUCAAAGCUCUUUGCUGUUUGGGCCUGAUUUAAUUAAUUAGAAUUAGGGAAAUAUUCAGAUUGAAACAGUUAGUUCAACUCUGGUUUGUCACUUAGUAAUGAGCCAUAUGCUUUUCUUUUCUUUGAAUGUUUGACUUUAUAAAAAAAAACAGAACUUGACUUUCACAUAUGUCCCAGUUAUACAUAAACAUAAGCUGCAUACAGUGUGUGAAAUCCAGACGCCUCAGUAAAUCUAAUCAGGUGUGUUCAAACUGGAAUGAAUUAUUCCAAACUGUCAGACAGAUUGAGAGAUUGAUAGGAGAACGAUUUUUGAAUGUAUUGUUGAUGCAAUGCACAAAAGAAACAGACGAGUUUCCAAUCUCAGUAUUAAGUAUUAAAUGUUUGAAAUAUUUAAUCCAUGUCAUCCCAAAGUUGCAGUAUUGCACAUGUAUCCACGGACGCGUAUUAAUGCCAUUAUGCACUUCCCUGUAAAGUCAAAAAUGUAUACCAACAUGCAGUAUAUAUAUAUUGUGUACGUAAUGACGAGGUCUAUGUGGUCUUAGUGGCACGCAGGCUGGUUCAGAGCAGGAUCAGUCAGGCUAAAGACCUUUGCCCUUCUAUUUGUCGAGGCCAACCCAGAAGUUAAAAUCACCAUGGUUCCUUCAACAAAAAGCCAAUGAGAUUUAUUCUUUGGAUUUGACUGAGUCAAACCCUUACAUAUAUCUAUAAUAGUUACACGUUUUUAAAGUCAUCACCACUGACCUAAAGGCGAAGUAGUGAUAGCUGUGAGUCUCAUUUAGACCCUUUUACGCAAUCAGCUUUUUUAAAGACACAUUAACGCUUUAAAAGACUCAUAAGGGAAUUCACUGGUAAAUAUUCCAUAGGACGAUAAAGUCUUUGGUUAAUCGCAGACCUUAUUUUAGUCAUCUAACCAAGCACCCAUUCCAAAUAACCAUUGAGUUCCAGACCAGGGAACCAAAAUGCUCAAACUCUGUAUUUCUUUUCUCAUCUGCUUUUCUUAUCAAAACGCAUGUAACGGAGCUUUUUUAAAUUUGACUCUCCUGAUAAUACGCCAUAUAAUUACUCCAUAACAGUAAAGCUACGGGCAAAAUAGGCUUCUUUCUGCAGGUCAAAUGUUGAUUACACUGAAUUAUGAAAUGCUUCUUGCCAAAACCUUUUUCAAAUGAGAUUUUAAGGGACUAGCUUCCCAAUACCUGUAAGUUCACACAAAAAGUAAUUUUACAUCUCUUGCACAUUCAUUAAGAAAGGUGGUUUAAUUAACACGGCUCCUUUUCGUGUCAUAGAGAUUUAUGUGUUAGAUUUGUUUACACGCGCAGUGGUUUCAUCCUGUUGAGACUAAUUGAUUGGUGCCGGAGUGAAUCUCCUUGUUGAGUCAUGGGACCUUGUCAUUUACAGCUCGCCUGCUGUUAUGAAGAGCUGUCAAUGAGAAGAAUAUUUUGGUCUGACCUUUCACAAUCAAGAUUUAAUUUUAAAAAAAGCGCAAGGAAUCCGUUCUGUUUGCUUGCAUGGGACAGAAAAUGGAAGAUGACGGAGCAACCGAAACCAUUUCUGGUGAUUAAAAUAAUAUCCGUUUGACACUGAUCAAGCGAUAGCAGUUGAUGCUUUUCAUGCAUUCUCUGGACUUAUGUGCGGCGAUCUAUUUCGCUUAAUUAGCAAGCCAGUUUGUAGCCGGGCAAUCAUAAAUCUUGAUUGUGCAAUGUCAGCACAUUGUCUUUGGGCCAAGUUGCUCAGGGGCGAAUCUGACCACUGAUGGCUGAUAUUAAUUAAUGUGCACAUUGUCUCAUUCCAGUUGUUCAACAGCAAUUAAAUGCACCAACAUCCUCUAGUGAUUAAUUAAAGCAUAAAAUGAUUGAGUAUAGUUUAAUUAAACCACAACCCCAUGUCUGAUUGAAAAUACCGCUCAACCUGCUUCGCCAGUUUUACUUUUUCUCAUUUGCAGAGUUCCUUAAUUUAACGGUAAUAUUGAAAUGAAGUCACUGUCCUGAUCAUUUCUAAAGACAGUGACCUUUAUGAAAUGAUAGAUACUGCACUCGAAAAUUGCUGCUGCAGCAAAACGCCAAGAUGUACGUUUAUAUUUUUUGUAUGUUUGUUAUGUGAGAAAGGAAGAAAGGAAUUGAUUUGAAUUUCAUUAACAGUAUCAUAGAAACCACAGCUGGCAGGAGAAGAUAACGCUUUAGAAAGAUAAAUAAACAUUUGACCUUGAUUCUGAACACGCCAUCGAGACAAAGAGAGACUUGCAGCUAUCGUGUUGGGCAGACCGGUGAGUUGUUUUGUCAUCAACUCAUUAAACCAAGCAUCAGGAACUGUCUUCUUAUUGGGUGUGAUGACUUCCAGAUACUAACUCCUUACUGAGGCGUUCGGUAUCAGCGGGGAAAUUAGACAACACAAUGCAAAAACAACGCAGUGUGGUGCACCGCUAAGGGAACUCAUUAGAGCACUGCAGCAUAGGAGGAAGCCGCGUGAUGCUUUGCAGCAUGUCAUCAGGGGUGUUGUAAGUGUUAUUACACAAUCAUGAUUUGAUAGCUCGUGCACAAUUACUUCAUUAAUUUUAUGAAUCUUCGCCUGACUCGGGAGCCAAGAAGAGCCAUAAAAGAGGGGAAGCUUUUAAUGCAAUACGUUGGACCAGAGCUCAUUAUCUGUCGUGCCGUAUUUGUGUAUAACGAUCUGUCUUAAAGUUUUUUAACAAGAUCUUCAUCGACAUUGACAGGAUGCCAAUACAGCUGUGAAUACAUGGUUUUAACUACAGCAACCCUUUAUGUUAACAUGCUCUUUGCAGGAGGCAGAGUUGGCAGAUAUUGAAAUAUACUAUAAACGUCAGGUUUAAAAGAAUUGAACCAUCAGCAGUCUGGCUCAGCUCGUACUCGAAGUGGAUUUCACAGACAAAGAUCGGCCGUGUCCGAGUGUCCACAAACGUCUUUUAGGCAGAGAUGGCUGAGAUCACGAACCACGCAAGCAUUAGUGUAAUUGCCCCCUACUUCGACUGUUUAAAUAUAUCUGAUUACUAAACACAAGCAAUUGCAAAUUAGCUUUCUAGCUAAUAGUUCCACAUGUAAACCUUCCUUAUAGCUCAUCAAAUUAUAUUCACUUGAAAAAACAAGGCUUACAAAGGAAAUAUACAGUGGGCAUCUCUUUCAGGUCAAAAAUGAUCAUGAAGGCGAUGAUCAUUGUAUAUUUAUUUCUAAUGUAUCUAACAUAUACUGUAUCUAUUGGAAUACGUGAAUACAAAAUACAUACAUGUAGUUCACCAAAGCUAUUUCCGCUGUAAGCGAAAAGGAGUAAAACAAAAAUGUUUCUCACAAAAAUUGUGGUUCAGACCGGUUUGAUCUGCUCUCCCGUUGUUUAGUGUCCUCUGGGUUCGUCUGCAGACGGUAACCUCUUCUUUUCUCUCAAUAAAAAGGCAACUCAGA